CCGCUGAUGUGAGCAUCAGUACGAAGCAUAUAUAUUCAGGGAGGUGAUCUCAGAGUGGAGUGGACGAGGUUCUUGGCAUUUGCUCUAACACACCAGACCGUAUCUCAACACAACAGGCCUUCGCACAUUCCACCAUGGAAGCUGCCAUCUGCACCCUGGUCACCCAGUUCAAGUCCUUCGCUGGGAAGGAUGGAUCCACCAGCACCCUGAGCAAAGAUGAAUUCGAGAAACUGCUGACCUCCCAGCUUCCGAACUACGCCAAGAACUACAGCAGCCCGGCGGCCGUGGAGCAGCUCAUGGGCUCGCUGGACGAGAACAACGACGGCGAGCUGACCUUCUCCGAGUUCUGGCAGCUGCUUGGAAAACUGGCGAGCCAACAGGGCGGCUUCGGCCAGUAGAGAUCGGAUUGUGCAACAACCGAUCGACCCAAUCGAAGCUGUCCUGCCGUAAACUAGAAAGGCAUUUGAACUCGUUUAUCUCGUGUGUGACUCUUUACUCAACCAUUUGUCAACCAUGAAUUAAAGGCUUCAUUGUCUUGAACCCCAGGCCACCAA